AUGGGCUCCGCGUCGCCGCCGCCUCCGCCGUCGCCUAGCGCCUCGGGGGCCCCCGGGGGCCCCCCGGGGGCCCCCCGGAAGGGGCUGAGGGGCCGCCGGUGGGGGGCCCCCUGGAAGGGGCUGAGGGGCCGCUGGUGGGGGGCCCCCGGGGAGGGGGGCCCCCCGCGGGGGCCCGCGCUGUGGGGCCUGCUGGCCCCGUUUAUGGCGGCGAAGAAGGUGGAGGCGGUGCUGCUGGGGGGGGGGGCCCUCCUGGGGGCCCUCUCGGGGCUGCUGCUGCCGUACUUUUUCAAGUCCAUGGGAGCCACAAUAGACAACCUGAGCAGCGGGGUGGACGUGGGGGGCCCCGUGAAGCAAAUGGCAGCAGCGGGGGCGCUGAACUUGGUGCUGCAGGGCGUGUCUUGCUUCUGCUUCGAAGCAGCAGCAGACCGGCUGGUGGCGCGGCAGCGCAGCAGCUACGUUGCUGCUGUGCUGCAGCAGCAACUCAGCUGGUUCGACCGCCAAGACGCGGGCUCUUUGGCAGCAAAACUCGACAGCAGUUUGGCAGACUUGCGCGAGGGGAUCGGCAUGAAGUUUGUGGCGAUCCCGUACAACUUGCUGCUGGUUGUGGGGUCUCUUGCUGUUGCACUUGCAACAUCUUGGCAAGUGACUCUGUGUGCUGCAGCAGGUUUGCUGCCAGCUGUGGCUUUCGGGGCGCUUCUCGCGGGGGCCCUGCGCCGCGCUGCUGCUGCUGCUGCUGCUGCUCUCGAAGCUGCGGGUGCCGUUGCUGCAGAGACCCUGGGGGCCCCCCGCACCGUUGCUGCCUUCGGCCAGGAGGGGGCCUCCAGGGCCCGCUACGAGCAGCACAUAGCAGCAGCAGAAGCUGCUGCUGCUCGCGGGGGCCUCUUUUCUGGACUAGGAAUGGCUGGACUUAUUUCUUCGGUCUUCGCCAUAGGGGCCCCAGAGGGGCUCCAGAGGGGACCCAGAGGGGCCCCAGAGGGGCCCCAGAGGGAACCCAGAGGGGACCCGGAGGGGACUCAGACGGGGAAGCCAGGGGGGCAUUAA